ACAUUUCAGUCAUUUCAGGGGGUGAAGUGGAGGGGCGUAUAACUACGGGCGGAAGUGUAGCUGGAAAAACGAUUUUUCCGAUAUAGUAUUACUUAUUAUAACCAAAAUGCAAAAAGCUUUAAAAGAACUGUAUUAAUUAAACCAAAGAAUUUAUUUAUUACCGUAAUUUGUGUUUAUUCCUUAGGAUAAAAGAAGUAUAGCCGUUGCGGCUAAAUUGUGGUGUUAUUAUUGAUAUUUUUAUUUUAUGCGCUUACAUAAAACGCUAUUAUUUUUUAGUACAUUUAUAAUUUAUUGAUUGAAUAGUUUAACCCACCGUUCUACUUGUAAGAAGUCACGAAAACCGUAAAAAAAACUUACACAUUUUUUAAAAUAAAAAAUGUCUGAUGGCCACGGAGAACCCAAUCAGCAUCGGAAAGAAAGUGUUUCUGCGGCGAAUGUGGCCAGCGAUAGUCCUGUAACAGACCCCGGGCAAGUGCGAGGGGGCUCCACAGUAGAAGGGGCUGCUGGGAAGUUUGAAGCCCCCAGAGUCAAGUCUGGAGCCCUAAAAAAAUCUGCAAGAUAUAGAAGUAGAUCACUGUCGGCGUCGUCGGCAGAUUCGUACAGUUCUACGUCCUAUACUGGGUCAUCAUCAGAAGAAGACGAAGGCAUACAACCCCAUGAGAAGGCGAUCGCAGCUGGCACCCCCAACCCUAAUUACUGCGUGAGAAACGUGGAACAGCAUGCGUUCGGACGGAGAGAGAUAGAGAUAGCCGAGCAGGAGAUGCCUGGGAUCAUGGCUUUGAGGGCCAGGGCUAAAGAGGACAAACCACUUAAGGAUGCUAAGAUCGUGGGCUGCACGCACAUCAACGCCCAAACCGCAGUUCUCAUCGAAACAUUAGCUGCAUUGGGCGCUACAGUACGUUGGGCGGCCUGUAACAUCUACAGUACACAGAAUGAAGUUGCGGCAGCGUUAGCACACGCAGGUUUCGCAGUAUUCGCCUGGCGAGGCGAGAGCGAAGAAGCCUUCUGGUGGUGUAUCGAUCAGUGUUGCGCCCCCAGCGCUACCUGGCAACCGAACAUGAUCCUCGACGACGGAGGAGACGCCACACAUCUCAUGUUGAAGAAACAUGCCGCAGCUUUUAAGCAAAUUAAAGGCAUAGUAGAAGAGAGCGUGACGGGUGUCCACAGACUAUACCAGCUAAGUAAAGCGGGCAAGCUGUGCGUUCCCGCCAUGAAUGUCAACGAUUCUGUCACCAAGACGAAAUUUGAUAAUCUGUACUCUUGCCGUGAAAGCAUAAUAGACGCCCUAAAAAGAAGUACGGAUCUCAUGUUCGGUGGGAAACAGUCGGUAGUAUGCGGGUACGGGGAAGUCGGCAAAGGGUGUUGUCAAGCGCUCAAGGCACUGGGGUGUGUGGUGUACGUGACAGAAAUCGACCCAAUUUGUGCGCUACAAGCCGCCAUGGAUGGCUUUAGAGUUGUCAAAUUAAAUGAGGUGAUAAGACAAGUGGACAUCGUAAUAACAGCGACAGGCAAUAAAGGGGUCGUCACACGUGAACACAUGGAGAGGAUGAAAAACGGUUGCGUUGUAUGCAAUAUGGGGCACUCUAACACUGAAGUUGAUGUGCAUGCUCUGAGGACGCCGGACUUGUUGUGGGAGCGAGUGAGAAGCCAGGUGGACCACAUAAUUUGGCCGAACGGCAAACGCAUUGUGCUACUGGCGGAAGGUCGUCUUGCCAACCUGUGCUGUUCCUCUCUUCCCUCAUUUGUUGUCUCUGUCACGGCCGCUACGCAGGCCCUGGCUUUAAUAGAGCUGUAUAACGCACCCCAACAUCGAUACAAGGCGGACGUAUACUUACUGCCAAAGAAAAUGGACGAAUACGUGGCCAGCCUCCACCUCCCCACCUUCGACGCUCAUCUCACAGAACUCACGGACGAACAGGCCAAAUACCUAGGUCUCAACAAGGUCGGCCCUUUUAAGCCUAACUAUUAUAGGUACUAGCAUAGAGGGAAAAUUGCUCCUCCGUAACAUGGCCACUGCUGAACAAUAAUAGACCUUAUCAUGGUGAAAUAGAGUUUGAAUUGAGUAACAAUGUAACAAAAGUACAAUACAAUACAAUACAAAAUAAAUACAAAUACAGUUGCUCAAAAAGAGCUACUUUAAGUAGCUAUUUAGCGUUCGCAAAGUUGGUUUUUGUACUUUUUACUUUUCCUGCUUUAUUAAAUUUAAUUCUGACCGUAAUCGAUAAGUACACACCAAAGAGUUUGGAUGUUCAAAAACUUUAUAUGUUUUUAUUUUGCCAUUAGACAUUUAUUACAUACAAAAAGUAUUGCUACGCGAUAUAAAAUAAGUAUUUAUUUGUUAUUAUAUAAAUAUAACGUUACAUAAUACGAUAUUUCAAUAAAAAACUUUUUUAUUAUUUGGCUGAAUGGAACUAUCAUCACGUUGGUUGUCGUUAACAGAAAAAAAUCAUUUACUUGUAUGGUCUCGUAAAUAAUAACACACUUUCCACACUUGCAUUGAAAUUAUAUUGCACACCUCAAUAGACGAAAAUAAUACUAAAGAAAACGGCAACUCUGGCAGAGAUUAAGGGUGGUAUUCAAUCUGUCCAAUAUUUUGGUCCAAUGUCUUGCGUCUCACAUUCUGAUUAAUGAGAGAGUGAGACGCAACGUACAUUGGGCCAAGAUAAGUAACAUCUUAAACAACAGACGGUCUUAUCGCUAAACAGCGGUCUACCUACCAACCUACGCGAGUAUUAGCUGUUAGACAAGAUUUUGUCAGUAAACAGUAAACGCCAUUAGGAUUUAGGCACUUAGCCACUCAUGUUAACCCUUUGAACGCCAAGAACCCAUAAACUGGUCGUCACUAGUCGUGCCCACAGCGCCAAGGACCACUAUAUGGGUUAUGGCGGACGCUGUCAAAGUAUCCUUGACACUUUCAAGUAAAGUUUAGAUUCGCUCGCUUGCGCCCGUUAUCUUGGCGAGACAGUGACGUUUUUGUUUAUGACAUAAACCGUUCAAAAGGUUUAAAAUUCAUGUACAUACAACCCGAAAUAAACGAAAAAUGGAAAAUACGCCGUCAGUGCCCAAAUUCGAACUCGUGAAAGUCGAGUAUUUCCUUCAUAAUUUUUUUCAUAACUUCAAAAGGAAUUAAACUUCAUGCACUUUAUGGUGCAUUUAAAUAAAGUAAUUUCGUUAGCAGGUUCUGCUAAGUUUGGAAAUCAAUAAAAAAAUUACAGGAAUAACAAAGCAAAAAAAUAUUAAAUAAAUGUAGAAAUCUCUAUGAUAAGGUCUGUGGCCACGUGACUUUAAUGUUACUUCGCGUCACUGAAAUCUUUAAAUUCUUCGCACUUUUUGAGAAAAGCAGAUGUUUACAUGCCUAACUCUCAUUUCAUAAGACCUCGCUCAGACGGCCGUUAAAAUAAACUCGUCGGCAGAUUUGAAAUAAUUGUGUUUUGUACAUUUUCCGUUUUCAUUUAUUUUUCAGUUCGUCAACUGUUUUAUAAUGAUAAACCAUAGGCAAAAUUAUAUUAAGAUUGUAGCUGCAAAUUUGGCAGCUGAUGUAGAUGGCGUUGUGAGGCCACAUAAAAAUUGUGAUAUAGUUGUUUUUUUAAGAACUUCUAUCAUUUGGACAUCUUAAAAAAUCUAACUAUAGUUUGGUAAGUCAUUUUCGUCGGUAGAAAAAGGCGGCAAAUUUAAAGAAUGUAGGGGUUGUCCUUCGAUAGAAAAUUUGAAUAUUAUAUGUGGUAUUUUCUAUAAAAAGGGACCUUAUUGUCGAUGGCGCUUACGCCAUUAUAAACGAUGCUCCGGUAUAAAUACAAUGCUGCGCGACGCUGUGCGGCGUAAGCGCCAUCGACAAUAAGGUCCCUUUUCAUAGAAAAUGACCCAUAUAAUAUAAAAUUGGAUUGUCAAAUGUUUGUCAACACAUCUAGCGGAAUUUUUGACAAUUCAACUCAUAAAAAUGUAUCCAAUCACACGUAGUGUUAUUUGAGAAUAUUCGUUCCGAUUUUAAAUUAAACCAAUGAUUUAAGUUAGUUUUUGGUUUAAAAGUAAAUGCACCCACUUUGUUUUUUGGCAAAAAUUAUCAGUUAGCAUUAUCUACUUUUUUUUUUGCAAGACCUUUGGAUUGAAUAACAUUAUUUGUAUUUGAAGGUUUACUUAGUUUUCGACCAACUUUUCAACGGCAUAUCGCAGUAUUAAAAUAGCGUCACAAAAAAUAUUGUAACAAUUUUUUUUAUCAACUAUAAUAUUCAUAAGCAAACGCUGUAGUCAACAAUAAUGAAUUUGACCAAUCACGUGGCGCCGCGGUCCAGUGGAAAAGACACCAACGCGCGACUUUUUCACGAGUAAUAUUCAUAUAUUAUGCACGCAUUGAUGUCUUUUGUAUUACUGAAAUACGUACCUAAUUUUCUUUAAUUAUUUAGAUUUUGCAGUAGAAAAAGUAUUAUUUUAGAUGACUCGUAGAAAAAGUAUUGUAUACAAUAGUGAUAUAAUCAAGCUUUUCAAUCUCGUACCUUCAUUAGGCCACUCAGCAAGCUUCGUGCCCUAAACAUGGUAGUUGACUGAAGAGCUCUCUAUUAUAUCACGAUUGUAUAAAACUCUAUUGAAUACUUGCCAAAAAUGUAGUUAUUCUUCAAUAGUUGACCGAACGAUAUUGUACAAUUGUAAUGUAUAUUUAUUUGCAAUUUUGUAACUAAAAACAAUUGUGGCUUUCCAUCAGAAAAGGAUCCUUAUGCUUCAUGUGCAAUAAGAACCAUUCUAUUAAAAUUUAUGUUGGAAUUUCAGAUAAACUGGUCCUUAUUGCACUUAAAUCAUAAGGACCCUUCUGUGCUGGAAAGCCACAAUUAGCGAAUGUAGCCUAGUUCGUCAAUGUACAAAUCGAUCGAUAUGGCAAAUAUAGGAGAUGCAGUAUUAGGAUGUAAAAACGUUACAAAUGUGUAUUUAUUUAGUUAUUGACGAAAUUGAGUUUUAAUAUGUUACCCUUCGAAGCCUUUUGAGAUGUAAGGGCUACUUGCACCAUCCCACUAACCCGGGGUUAACCGGUUAAACCGUUAACCCAGUAUCAAAUUGUACUCGUAACCAUGGUAACCCCAGGUUUAACCGGUUAACCCCGGGUUAGUGAUGGUGCAAGUGGCCCUAAGAAACCUAUGUAUAAUAUUAAUAUUUAUUAAUCAUGCUACAGAUGUAGUGUAUAAUCCUUUACCAUCGUAUUUUCACGGAAACUUACGAAUGUUAUUUCAGUCAGUCAGUCUCAGUACAAAAAGUACUGAGGUACGGUGACUGCUGUAGUUAUUGGCCACUACAUAGUUAUUGACCACUACAUAGUAAGUGGCCAAUCUUAACAAUAAGGCUUCAAUAGGGAAUAUUACUGCAAUGUUCUGUCGCCAGAGUGUAGCACUAGUGCACAUUCUAAACCAUAAAGUAACUUAUACAAACUAUGUCAUUGAUGCAUCAUGGCGGUUUGUUUACAGGUGGCCUAUCGCGAACCGCGAAAAUCUAAAUUUCGUUAUCUGCCUCUCUAUCAACGAAUAUGUAAGAGUGAUAGGGCAGAAACCGAACUUUAGAUUUCGUGAUGCCUUCGUUACUGAAGCCCUCUAUGCAGAGUUUUGCGUAAUAUUCCCUAUUGCCUUGUUUCUUUCUGAUUUGUUAGGAGUGGCCAAUUACUAUGUAGUGGCCAACGACUAUAGCAGUCACCGUAGACUGAAGUAGCAUGACAAAUACGAACGUUUCCAAGAAAUGAUGGCAAAGGAUUGUUCACUACAUCUGUACAAGUAUGCUCUCUCGGAAACCAACCCUAGAUAUGUUAUACCCAUGCACAAUUGGACAUUCGAACAUGUAGGUACCAUAUAAAAUCCUUACUAAUAUUAUAAAUGCGAAAGUGUGUCUGUCUGUCUGUUACCUCUUCACGCUUAAACCGCUGAACCGAUUUAGUUGAAAUUUGGUAUACAGAUACUUAGAGUCCGGGGAAGGACAUAUGAUACUUUUUAUCCCAUAACUCACCCCUCAAGGGGGUGAAAAGGGGGGUGGAAUUUUGUAUGGGGAAUCAAUAACCGCUGACCCGAUUUAGAUGAACCUUGGUAUGGGAAUAGUUUGAGCUGUGGGGAAGGAUAUAGAAUAAUUUUUAUUCCCGAAAUCAUCCCUUAAGGGUGUAUAAAAUGAGGUGGAAAUUUUAAGAGUGGACCAAUUUGAGGGUGAAAAGAAGAGAGUAGAUUUGUUUUAAAAUUAAGUAAGGAACCCAAAUUACUAAUUCCACGCAGACGAAGUCGCGGGCAAAAGCUAGUAGACGAAUAAAAAAUAAAACACUUACAAAGUAGUCAUUUUCGGGGUUUCCGGGGGUAAUUCUAGGUCAUUUAACUAUGCCUUUAAGAAUAAGUUAAUUUAAAAGAUUACAAGAAAUUAAUUUGACCACUUUUUGUUUGUUUUUAGUAGCUUUAUAAUUAUUUUUUUCAGUCAUGUUAAUGUAACAUAAUCGUGAUAUCGGUGACAUUGUUACCUUUUAUUUUUUGUAUUUGUAUUUAAGUUAUAUAAAUUGUAUUUGAUGAAGAUAUAAUAUGUUUGUUAUUUGGUUCGUAUGCGAUUCAUAUUUUUAUGUUGUUUUUGUGCUAUAUUUUUGUGUAAAAGGAUGUACUUUUUUUAAUUUUAUUACAUUCCAAAUUGUUAAAUAAUGAGAGAUUUUGAUGCAAGAUUAUAUGCGAAAAUUUUUAAUUUUGUGAAAAAAGUACUCAUAUAAACCGUAUAAACUCAUAUAAAAAAAAACAAUUUAAAAUAAUAAUUCGAUACCAAAAAUGUGUUUGUAUUCUCUAUUUAGCAUAUUUUAAUAAUGAUUUAGAAAUGAAACCUUAACAAAUAAAGAUAAAAAGUUGACUGUACCGAAACUCUCAUUAUUUAAGUAAACUGUACAUUGAAAAUCCAACAAUGUGUAGAAUAAAAGUGAUUUGUGUGUGUGACGAGUAAAUGAAGUUUAAUUAGAAUUCCGAUUUUCUUACAGACCUAAUUUAGAACGAAAGUUAAUAUAAUUAAAGUUAAGUUAAUAUAUUUCUAACAAACAUAAAAAUAUAAAAACAUAAAUUAACUAAAAAUAUCUACAUAUAUUUACAAGUAAAAAAUGGGAGCUAGCUCGGCGCUGGUAAGGUGCCCAGAAGGCUGGUAGCAUUGCCGCGCUGAAUAGCGAUGCCAAUGCGCUGGGCAAGGAAGUAACCAGCCCUCUGGUCACCCGUAGCAUCAGUGAGACGCUUUGCUAGCUCCCUAAAUAUACAAUAUUUAGAACCAUAUCAUACUAGAACUAUACUAUACUACUAUAGGUCUGACAUUUUGAAAAUAUUUAAAAACAGAAUUAACAAAAUUUCACGACAAAAUGCGAUUAAUUACAUAUAUUAAAAACGGGUCUUAAACUCACGUAUUGUCGAAAAACGCUCGACAUGUUUCACUCCGUACCGUGGAGUGUCAUCAGGAGCUUGCGUUAUGCUAUUGCGUUGCUUUUAACAUACGAAAGCAUUUUUGCCCAAGACAAAAUGGAGACCUUUUCGCUCGGAAAAUUAUAGGUAAUAUCUGAUAAUAAUAAAAAAAACGCGACACAACUAACAACCUUAAUAAAAACUUAGUAUAUGGCGGUUUCAAAAACAUAAUACCUAAAACAAUCAAAUCCUACCUAACCUAAACCAAUUACAUAAUACCUAAAUAAAUUGGCAUUUUGCUUGGACGUCAGUCUUCCGUGACCACAGCUAGUGCAACCUAGUUGAAUCGUCGGGAAAAAGGUAAAAUAAUGAAGUUUAAUCGCGUCCCAGGUAGCAAAAUGACGUCAAAUGACGUCAGCGACGUCAUUAUGACGUAAUAAUGCCGUCAUUAUGACGUCGCUGACGUCAUUUUGCUACCUGGGGUUAGACCCGAUAAUGACAUUAAUUAUGUGUACAAAACGAGUUUCAAGUGUUAUAUAAUACCUAAAUAUGUAAUGUCAUAAUGUGCCAUGGUUCUUAAUUUGGCCUUGUAUAAAAAUCGGGAUGUAAAGAACAAUAAAUAAUAUUAGAAAAAGAGUAGACAUCCCUAGGUCAAAAUUAAUCUUAAUUUUGUACUAAAUGCUUUUGUACUGGACCUAAUCAUUUAAUGGUGAAUAUUAUGCAAAACUCUGCUUAGGGGGCGCCACUAGCACAAAAAGUAAACAAACCACCUUGAUGCAUCAAUGUCAUAUUUAUUCGUAACAAAUAAUCUGUGAAAACAUGUAAAAAACUGUUUACGGCAUAGGUUAUAUGUAUAAGUACAGAAUAAAUAAUAGUUCUUGGUACAGAAGGUUCACUCUCUAACAAAACGCGUCUAUUACGACAGAUAUGACCGCAAGGUGGCGCAAGCGCGAAUAGGCGUCCGUUCCGUAGCGGUGCGCGGCAACUACUAUUUCUAGACACCAACAUUGGUGUGGGCCGCAUGUACUUGUAGCGACGCGACAAAAUCGCGGAGUGAGCCACGCCUGGUAUAAGUUACUCUAUGGUUUGUGCUAGUACUGCCCUCUGGCGGCAGAACAUUGCAGUAAUACUCCUUAUUGCAAAACGCCAAGUUUUCGAAUAUGUAGCAAAGAAUAAGAUCUAACUUUGGAAUAACCUUCAUUAUUAGGGAUGUCUAUACUUUUCUAGUAUCUAUGCUCUAAUAUUAUUUAUUGUGAGUGUGGAAUUACUAUUAGUGAAAACGCCUAAACUACGGAUUCGUAGCGAAGUUAGAUAUUGUUGCAAUGUUUAAUAAAUAAAGGUUUUUCGUAAA